CCAUACAACCAGGGGUCCAGGCAAAAUAUAUUUAUAUGUAUGUACCAAAUCACCAUAUUUACUUCCAUUUAUAUGUCAUUCAUAAUAAAAGGCACGAAACGGCAUCACAACAAUCUCAUUUUCACGCAGCUCUCACCACUGCGAGGUUUCUAUUAUUCCACUAAGGCAAAAUGUGCGGUCACUUUUAAUCGAUUGGAUAGUCAGUUCUCCCUACAUCACACUGGGCGGGUCCUUCACAUGACAAAUACAAAUGAAGUCUUCUAUCAACCUUUAACCAACACACGGUUUGAGCCUUUCAAACCCAACAAUCAGCUGAUUACCUCUAGCUGUUAGCUCUCCUGCCACAGAUGCUAGCUAGGACUUCCUGGUAAGAUACCAGCAUACGAGCCCUUUCAUACAAGUCUUAUAAACACAAAUACAUAAUAAAAUACAUUGUAAUCUAUUAACCCGAUUUCUGUAAACGAAGUGUUUGAAGAUUAACAAACCUUGCUGGAAAGAGCUCAACUCCUGUCCAGUUUUCGUCUUCCUCCUCCUUCGCCUUUCGAUUGCAAGCGAGUUACAACCAACACUUAAACUGCACACCGCCACCUGCUGUAUCGGAGCAUAUUUAUUUCUUCAGCUAGUGACCAGCUCCAUGCAUGGCCCGUACGUGUCACCUACAAUAGUCUUCGUAUUGUUCGUGUAAUCGUCCUAUCUACAUUGUAUUUGUUUUUAUAUCUCUACUUAAUUUAAUAGUUUAUUUGACAAAGUGCCUAUCCUAAAAUAAAUAUCAAUAAAGCCACGUAUUUUAUGCAAUCAGUAUACACCACAUAAUAAAUAUGUAGUACAGUGCACAUUUGCUGAUGAAUAAUGCAAAAUUCUGACAGUGUGAUAUUUGCCACCUCAGCAAAUCGGAGACUAUCGAUUGCAUGUGACACGCAUUACUGACGAGUUUCUCUUCAACUUCUCUUCAACGUAUUUUCUCAUACAAAACCCACAAGUAUUUCCUGUACUGGCAGCAGCCCUGUGAGUAAGAAGACGUCAUCAUAUGUAACAUCUUUUGUUUCCAAAUAAAUUCCAUUUAAAUACAUUUUUUUAUAGCAAGCAUUGUGACUUGUCAGGAUAGGAGAAGGUGAAACUUGUGAUAAUGUUACAAUAAUCUUAAUGGUGGUUCAGUUCCAGCAAUCAGUGCAAUGCAACAGUUAUUAGUUGCACCUGUACCUGACGAGUCAAAAUGUGUAUUCACUUUUAGUUUCUAUUCUCUCCCUAGUCAUGUGUGCCCCACCUUCAAAAAAUGUUUACCUUUUUAUUUUGAACUCAUGAACUCUCCCUUGUUGUAAAGAUUUUUAUUAUUACAGGUUACAGUAAUUACUGAUUUAUAUCUUUGAACUUUGCCUACAUCCCAGAACUUCUGCAAUAUGUUUUCCAGUUAGCAGAUCAACAUCCACUUUCUGUUCUUGUCCUCAUAUGCUUGCUGAAGACCUCGAGAGGUGAGGACAAAACGACUCUACACAUCACAGGUGUUAUUUUCCCACAUUGCUUAGGCGGCCACGCCAACAGAUUGAACGCAGGCGUAUCUACAGUAUGUCCACAACUGUUACACAACCACCCACUUACUCUGCAUGUGAACGUCUACAAACGAGAGUGAGGCAACAAGGUAAGAAACAUUUGAAGCUUGGAGCUGAAGGUGUCCAGGUCUCAGGAUGGGGAGAGGCUGCUGGAAACAAAUCCUAGUCCUUGUGGUGGUCUUUGCCAGCAUGGGCGCUGAAGCUUCGUUUUCCUGGCACAUGGAUGACUUCAUCAAGGCUGUGAAGCAGGUGGAAGACGGGGACCCUGGGUCAGGGCCAGUAGCUGUGUUGAAGAGGCUCCGCAGGGCAGCUGGCCUUAAUGAUACAUUCAUUCAGUACUUCCUUGGUGACGCUGACUCUGGUGGUCCUCAAGUGGACGCUGACCUCUCACUUUACAUUAGAAAGGCUGUACAACACAGGGUGACUGAAGAUGCUAAAGAGGAAGGUGUGGUCCUGACUUCUGAUGGCACAACUGUUGCCCUCAUGCCGCUCCUCCUGGGCAUCGAGGCUGGUUUCCUCUCCAAGUCAAGGGGGCGUACUCAGGGCCUGUACCAGCUCACCUUGGCCAAAGACAUUUCGUUCAGACACAGCUCCACUCUCACCCAGUUUCUGGGACCUGACGGCUGCUGGGACAGCGUGACCUCUCCUCAAGUCUUCACCCUCUUGGACAGCCCGUCUCUGCUCACCACCGCUCAGCUCAAUGGAGGCAUGGAUGGUGUGAUUCUAGGGAUGGAGGCCAAAUCCAAAGAUUCUCUCAAGCUCAGCAGUCUGCUGACAGAGUACUACUGCCACCAGCUGGACAGCAAAGGAAUGGACUCCGCCCCACGCCUCAUCAGUCGACGUCGCAGGGAGAACUUCAGAGGACUAGUCAGCACUCCGGUGCUGACCAGACAGGUGAUGAAAUCAGAGAAGCUGCAGCGGAGACUGACAGGGCGCUCUAAAAUGAAUGUGAAGGAGAAGAAGCAGCUGAUGGCUGUGGUUAAAGAAGGAAUGAGAGAGUUUGUCCAUAAGUACAUGGACUGCCCACCCAUCGUGCCUCGCUGUAUGUGGGGAGCAAAGCCAUAUAGAGGAACCCCCACCAACCUUUCUCUUCCUCUCUCCUUCAUGUUCAUCCACCACACUCACACACCGGGCCAGCCCUGUCUGACCUUCGAGCAGUGCUCUGCAGACAUGCGCUCCAUGCAGCGUUUCCAUCAGGAGGACCGAGGCUGGGAUGACAUAGGAUACAGCUUCGUUGCAGGCUCUGACGGGUACAUCUACGAGGGCCGAAGCUGGCACUGGCAAGGAGCCCACACCCUGGGACACAACUCUGUGGGCUACGGUGUUUCCUUCAUUGGAGACUACAUGGUCAGUCUGCCCUCCCAGCAUUCCAUGACGCUAGUGAGAGAUCAGCUGGCAUCCUGCGCUGUUGGUGGAGGGCGACUGGUAGCCAACUUCACCCUGCAGGGGCACAGACAGGUGGUGAAAACUGCCUGUCCAGGAGACGCUCUUUACAAUGAGAUCAGAGGCUGGGAACACUUUGGGGAGGUCAAGAAAUGAAAAUGAUCUGCUCAUCAAGAGGAAACGCUUUGGAUAAACCAAAACUUAACACAAUAAAUAUUUGUCUUAUUCUUACGUUCUGAUUGUUUCCGUUUUCUUUUGAACAUUAAGACGUAUGUUGCAUGACAUUAUGUGAGAUUACGGUGAAAAGCAG